AUGCGGUCGUUGUUUCCCCACACAGGCUUUGUAUCUUACUUUGAGGCACAUAAACGGGACAGGGUUGCCGCGGCCGCUGAAGCUUGUACGGGGAACCUUGAAAAACUUACAUGUAGUCUUCUCUCCCCCGAUCAUCCUGGUACUUCGUCAAGCAGGGGCAGCUCUAAGGCAUACUCCAAUAUCUGGACCGUGAACAUCAAUUCUUUCUGUAUCUCCCAGAGUUGCACCACCUCUGAGAACUGCAGAGAAAUGGCAGAGCUCCAGAGAACGAGUACUAUUAUUCAGACAUCUCUGGACUGCCAUAGCUACAUGGAGAUGGAUAUACAAACACACAGAGCCGCAAAAGCCCUUGGGACAACUCUCUUUAUUACUGUGUCUGGACCUUCCGCUUCACUGGGCCAGCAGCGAUCCUGCGGUAUUGGUGCCGGGGGUGCAAUUCGAAACAUAUCCCAGAAUGAACAGCCAUCCCAUCGAUCCCUCACAUGCACAUCGCUGGAGGAAUUCGGGUUGGAUACGCUUGGAGCAAACCUGGCCGGAAGGAUAGGCUUAUGUCUCCGGUUAUUACCUGAUAUAUACCGAUGUGGGCACAGGUCAAGUUGCAUAUUCAUAACCCUAUUCAAUAGGUAG